CACUGGUGGGCACAGGUGGGUGGAACUGGUGGGCACAGGUGGGUGGGCAAGGUGGGUGGCACUACUGGGCACAGCUGGGUGGGCACAGGUGGGUGGGCACAGGUGGGUGGCACUGCUGGGCACAGGUGGGUGCAUUGCUGGGCACAGGUGAGCGCACUGCUGGGCACAGGUGGGCGGAACUUAUGGGCACUGAUAUGUGGCAUUGAUGUGGCACUGAUGGGCACUAGCAGGUGGCACUGAUGAGCACUGACAGCUGACAUUGAUGGGCACUGACAGGUGGCACUGCUGGGGCUACACUGAUCAUCAGGGCACACUGAUCAUCAGUGCCCUGAUGAUCAGUGUACAUGUCCCCUCUGAGGAUUGCCGAUUACCGGCUCUCUUCUCCUCUCGAGCUGUCAGUGUGACAGCUCGCGAGGAGAGAAAUGCUGAUAACCGGCA